CGGAUGGUUUUACAAUUUCAAAUGUCUUCAUUUCCCUCCCAUUUCCUAAUUUCAAUCAAACAUCUCAGAACCCUAAAUCCCCAAAUUGCUCUUUACAAAUCUCAUCCGAACUCCAUUUGCUCCGAUGACCGCUCAGCCGCCCAAACCGCCCAAGCAACCGCCCAAAACACCGCACAAGCAAUGGUCGCUCUCCGAUUUCGAGGUCGGCAAACCCCUCGGCAAAGGGAAGUUCGGCCGAGUGUACCUCGCCCGCGAAGUUAAGAGCAAGUUCAUAGUGGCGUUGAAGGUGAUAUUCAAGGAGCAGAUCGAGAAGUACCGAUUGCACCACCAGCUGCGCCGGGAGAUGGAGAUCCAGACGAGCCUUCGCCACCCAAACGUCCUGAAACUGUACGGCUGGUUUCACGAUGACGAGCGUAUUUUUCUGAUCUUGGAGUAUGCACACGGCGGCGAACUCUACCGAGAGCUUCGGAAAUCGGGGCACCUCUCGGAAAAACAAGCCGCAACUUACAUCUCGAGUCUCUCGCGAGCUCUGGCGUACUGUCAUGAGAAGCAUGUGAUUCACAGAGACAUCAAGCCGGAAAAUUUGUUGCUUGAUCAUGAGGGCCGGCUUAAAAUUGCGGAUUUUGGUUGGUCAGUACAAUCGAGAAGCAAAAGGCAUACUAUGUGUGGCACUUUGGACUAUUUAGCACCAGAAAUGGUAGAGAACAAGGCCCACGACUAUGCAGUGGAUAACUGGACUUUGGGUGUUCUAUGCUAUGAGUUUCUAUACGGAUGCCCCCCUUUCGAAGCCGAAAGCCAGAACGACACGUUUAAAAGGAUUAUGAAGGUCGAUUUAAGCUUUCCUUCAACUCCUAGCAUUUCUGACGAAGCUAAAGAUCUCAUUAGCCGGCUUCUUGUAAAGGAUUCUUCCAAAAGGCUCUCGAUUGAUAAGAUCUUGGAACAUCCUUGGAUAGUGAAGAAUGCCAACCCCAUGGGCAUAUUUACGAAAUAAUAUAAUUGCCUUCGAAAACUUUUAUGAUACUGACUUGUGUGGUUCGUUGUAUGUUGACCGACUUACCAGCUUUGUGUAUUUUUAUGUAGCGAUGGAGGUUUAAGGUGAUAGCAUUCUGAAUGUUGCCUUUGGUUAUAUUUUGCUCAUCUGCUCUUAUAAAUAGCUUGGUAUUUGUGUGUUCGAGAGAUUUCUGAUGUAGAUGUGCGUAGUUAUACUUGGCAAUGCUUUCUUUAGUUAGUCUGAAGCUUCUUUGUAAUCUUCUUGUGUGUAUCCUUUUGGGCUAGCAGAAGUUUCAUAUGUUUCAUAGGAGCUGGUUUUUUCUUCAAUUCUUUUUUCCUAGCCAAAUGAACGGCAGAUUUGAUCCUGCGAGCGAUUGGAAAUAGAUUUUAUCCGGUUUUGACAGGUUGACACUUGGAAUAUGACAUCUCGUGAUCUUGAAAUCAUAACUUGUUCUUACAGAGUUGAAUGUUUUCAUGUUCGCUAUACUUUCCAUAGCAAAG